UCAGCGUGUCUGUUGAAAAUCUAAAUAUUAGAGGGCGAGAGUUCAGUCGAGAGGAUUCCAACACUCAAUCAGGAAAGUCAGAUGCUUGCAGGAUAACACAGAUAUUCAACAUGUCAGAGCCUUUAUAUUAUACAGCUCUGAGGUCAGGCCAUUGUUAGUGUCCCUCUGCAGGGUAUGUGCAGUGUCCCAUAAUGUCAGAGCUGAAAUAAAUGGACGGGGAUGAGUUAUUGCAGGAUGGCUGGCAAGGAGGAGGAAUUAAACAAACUGGGGGUCCAGCGGAAAAUAAAUGUCGCAGGCAGCUCAAAUAUAGAACAUACCCGCAAAGUUAUUUUCACUUAGUGUCUAAGUUGAUUAAACCUCUCUUUCCACUCCACAGACACCAUGUCAAGUGGAUGUGUUGGGAGAAAAACGUUUUGUGAACAUCGUUUCAGUCAGUCAGGUCUAGUGUGAGUCUGGGGUGAUUUGUUUCCAUUACGUCUUUCAUUGAUAAAUUUAGGACAUUUCCUGGGCUGACACAACAAAAUGUGCAUAGAGUACAGAUGAUGCUUGUUUUCUAGGGGGGAUAUAGCAAAGUGAAUAUUAGCAAACCAGUAAUGCAUAUACUGCAUGUACAAAUAUUAUAAAUGCCGAUGCCUUUCAUUGUCAUUUGAAGGGAGCAGUACUCUGGACCAGAGUAAUUGGGGGUUUUACAAAAAGUGUCAUUAUGAGCCUAAAGAAUUGAGAUCAGCAUUCCCAGUCUGACUCAGGUAUAUGCUACAUUUACAAAAAAACAAAACAAAACAGGAUAUGUUCAGGAUGGUCACACAUUCUCCGGAUGAAUAUUAACACAGCAUUUCCUGUUUUUUUCCACUAGAGGAUGCUAUGUUGUGAAAUGUGGGCAGAGAGCCUGUCAGGAAGAUGUGUUUCAGUUUCUGUGAUGGGUCACAGCAGAGGAAAGAGACAUCAUUCUUUGGCUGCGGUUUGACUCUGUGGGGGCUCAAAUGUUUUAGGAAGGUGAUUCUGGCAUGGUGCUGUUGUCGACCUUUUUCUCUGGCAUGUAAUGAGUGGGACUGAAUGUGUUGCUGGCAGAUGAAUAAUAGUGUUAAAAGUUCAAUUAUGCACUGUAACUCUAAAAACUCUCAUUGAUUGAAGGUUGUGUCCUGUAUUUUGACCUAAAGUUGUCAAAGUUAUGUUUAAUAGUGGAACAAGUGAGCAAAUGCUCCCAGCUCCAGAGCAGACAGUUUAACUUGAUGGGACAGAUCUGUUGUAACAGACACUUCCUGUCUGCUCCUCCCUCACAUUAUGAAAAAUUAGAUGUUUCAGUCCUUUACUAAUCACCUGUUCUCUGCACUAUUUUCACAAUCACACAUUUGGUGACACCAAAUAUUUGUUUAACACUGCAGGAGGAUAUUGUGUGAAUCAGAUGGAUUAUAUUGUGGCAUGAGAAGAGAACUCAAUAUUAAAAAGGAAAAUUGAAUAACCUCUAAAAAAAAAAAAAAAAAAAAGCGUGCGCACACACACACACACACACACACACACACACACACACACACACACACACACACACACAAUACUGAAGUAUUGAUUGACCAGUAUGCUAUUGCUGCUGCUGGCAUGGAGGCAGGCUGGUUACACGUAAACAGAAACUGUACCAACUGUCUCUCUUUGCAGCGAACGUACUUGUGAUCACAACACUAUGAUAUAGCACAGCGCAACAUGUUUUUUCUUCUUUCACCUCACCUCUACUAGUCCCACUCCAACCCCAGCGCUGUUCACACUGCUCCACUUUCUCAUGCAAUGGCUGUCGUUAUCUGUGCUCUCUCUCUCUCUCUCUCUCUCUCUCUCUCUCUCUCUCUCUCUCUCUCUCUCUCGCUCUCUAAAACACCCAGCACCCCACCCCUUCUCUCUCCCACCACAUUAUCUCUCUCUCUCUCUCUCUCUCUCUCUCUCUCUCUCUCUCUCUCUCUCUCUCUCUCAGGGGAGAUAGUGUUGUUGUUUGUUGUUUUAAGCUUGAGUUUGGUCCCACCACUCUCAGGAGAGAAGAGAGGGGAGAGCAGAAGUCUAUUGUGGCCCACUGACAGGGACUACAUGGGACGGUCCACCCCAGGGAGCAUCUGUUGGGAUUAUAACACUCUUUCCAGCUCACUUUUUUCCCACUAAGAAUAACUCAGUGUGUUGGUGGUGUAGCAUCACAGAGGCAACCCCCUUUGUUGAAAUGGACAGCUCUAUGUCAAGGUUGUUGGACUUGAUUUUUAGAGACAGAAAAAUAUCUGGGGCCCACUGUUGAGGAACUCGGUUUUGUCUGACUGCAGCUCAUUUGGAAGAACUCAAGCUUGCUGUUUCCUAUUUAGGAGUACAAGGAGAGAGAAAAAAGAAACAGGAGAGAGCCGUUUAUCUUGGCACGUCUGUGGUGGUGAGCUCAAAGGAGAACUGACAGCUGACACCAUCCUCAAUUUCACUUGAUUUGAUUGGACCCCAUAUUUCCACUGUCAGUGAGAUGAUAUACUAACUCACUUUGUGACAGGUCUCUAACAGCCUGGAGUCUUUGCCUUUUUAGGCUGUUCACACACACAUACACACACACUCUUUCUGAGCUCUUAAUUUUUUAGAUUUUUCUUUUUUCCGCAAAAACAAAUGGACAUAUCCUUAUCGCUGGGACCGAAAACUGCACUGCAAAUUCAAUUUCUAGCUUGAUGCUCUUUGAUCCAUUGAUUCUGCACUGAGCUGGAAGUGAAUCGCUUCUAGAUAACAAGUUUUAUCUAAUAAAUAGAGAAGGGGACCCGGCGGGCCUGACUUACUGUUGCGUUCACUUUCAUUCUUACUUCUACCAGGUGCAGUUGUUGAGACUCUUGUUUUGCUGUUUUGCAUCUUGACAUUGUUUUGCAUCUGUCAUUCUUGGACCUGUUUUUCCUGCAUCGUCCUCUCAAAGGGACCUUUCUCCCUGCGCCAUAACUUGUGACCACAGAGAGUGUAAAGGAAUUGGGACAGUCCUUUUUGAUUCAUGACAGCAUGGGGGUUUUUGAUUGCGCCACAGAAGUUCACAUUGUUUAUCCCUCGCCUCCCAAAGCUGCUAUUUUGAUGCUGCUCUGAACUCAACCCAACUCUUUUUUCAACCUGCCAAUAAAAUGAUGAACAAAGACUCUCGCUUUUCAAGGAAAAUGCACAGCAACUUCUCCACCCGCAGGCACUCGUGCAUUGGUUUUGAUGUGGAGAAUGGAUUGUCGGUGGGCCGCAGCCCCCUCGACCCCCAGGCCAGCCCUGGAUCUGGUCUGGUCAUACAGGCCAACUUUCCCCACAGCCAGCGGCGGGAAUCCUUCCUGUACCGCUCUGACUCUGACUUUGACCUUUCACCCAAAGGUCCUUCCAGAAACUCCUCCACUGCCAGUGACCUGGAAGAAAGCUUGAAGCAUUGGGAGGUCAACUGGUUGUCAUCUCGACACACAGAAGACAUGAUUGUUACACCAUUCGCGCAGGUCCUCGCCAGCCUGAGGACAGUCCGAAGUAACUUUGCCGUCAUAACCGGCCAGCAGGAUCGCACAGCCAGCAAGACGCGAUCCUCAGGCAGCAAUCCGCCAUCCAUGUGCAAGACCAGCCUUGCAGAGGAGCCUCACCAGCAGCUGGCCAUAGAGACUCUAGAUGAGCUGGACUGGUGUUUGGAACAACUAGAGACGCUGAAAACUCGACACUCUGUCAGCGAGAUGGCUUCAAACAAGUUCAAGAGGAUGCUGAACCGAGAGCUCACCCAGCUGUCAGAAACCAGCCGUUCAGGGAACCAGGUGUCUGAGUUCAUCUCUAGUACCUUCCUAGAGAAGCAACAUGACAUGGACAUCAUGUCUCCCCCCACCAAGGAGAAGGACAAGCAGAAGUGGCCCAUGUCCCAGAUCAGUGGUGUGAAGAAGGCCACCCACAGCCCCAGCCUCGCCCCCUCCACCAUCCCUCGCUUUGGGGUCAACGCCAGCCAGGAAGGACUCCUAGCCAAGGAGCUGGAGGACAUAAACAGAUGGGGCAUCGACAUCUUUAAGGUCUCUGAGUAUUCUGGCAAUCGGCCACUGACGGUCACCAUGUACACCAUCUUCCAGGAACGCGAGCUGCUCAAAUCCUUUAAGAUUCCUGCAGACACUUUCAUUACCUUCAUGAUGACUCUGGAGGAUCAUUACCAUGCUGAUGUGGCUUACCACAACAACAUCCAUGCUGCCGACGUGGUCCAGUCCACACACGUCUUGUUGUCCACACCUGCACUGGAGGCUGUGUUUACUGAUCUGGAGAUCCUUGCCGCUCUGUUUGCAAGCGGCAUCCACGAUGUGGAUCACCCUGGAGUUUCCAAUCAGUUUCUCAUCAACACCAACUCAGAGCUGGCGCUGAUGUACAAUGACUCUUCGGUGCUGGAGAAUCAUCACCUGGCCGUUGGCUUUAAGCUUCUGCAGGAAGACAACUGUGACAUCUUUCAGAACCUCAGCAAAAAACAGAGGCAGUCUUUACGCAAAAUGGUGAUCGACAUGGUGCUGGCCACAGAUAUGUCUAAACAUAUGAACCUAUUAGCAGACCUGAAAACCAUGGUGGAGACUAAGAAAGUCACCAGUCUAGGAGUCCUGCUCUUGGACAACUAUUCAGACCGCAUACAAGUUCUUCAGAACAUGGUGCACUGUGCAGACCUGAGUAACCCCACCAAGCCUCUUGAGUUGUACCGACAGUGGACGGACCGCAUCAUGGUGGAGUUUUUCACCCAGGGGGACAGGGAGAGGGACAAGGGCAUGGAGAUCAGCCCCAUGUGUGACAAACACAACGCCUCCAUAGAGAAGAACCAGGUGGGUUUCAUUGACUACAUUGUUCAUCCUCUAUGGGAGACAUGGGCUGACCUGGUCCACCCAGAUGCUCAGGAGAUCUUGGACACACUAGAGGAUAACAGAGAGUGGUACCAGAGCAUGAUCCCCCACAGCCCUUCACCCAACCCAGAGGGUCUGGAGGAGGGAGCCCUUGCAGGGGAAGCUUCAGCACUUGGUGGGGGCAGUGGCUCCACUUCCACCGAUAAGUUCCAGUUUGAGUUGACCUUAGAGGAAGAAGGAGAGUCUGAUACUGAGAGUCCACCUGAGGAAGAGGGCUACAGUGGCAGGAGGGCGUCUGAACUCUCCAGAACUGAUUCUGGUAGCGGAUUUGAUGCAGUGUCAGCUAAGAUUCAGCGGCUCCCCAAAAUGCUCACUACUGAUUCAGGCAGGACGUUUUCUUUAGACUCUGAUAAAGAUAUGGCAGAAGAAAGAGAAACAGACCAAGAAGGCGUCGCUGGGGUACCACGCUUCAGACUUGGCACAUAGCGCCAGUCAAAAGUUGUUUUUCUUUUGGCCUUUUUUGUUUUUUCUUGAUUUUGGUGCCUCAUCCUCUGUCACUCCCCUUCUCCCACUCCAACCAAACACCAACACCUCUGGUUUCCGUGGAAAGGGUGACAGCAAGCCUCAGGGUGCGGAGUGUGGGAGUGCAGGUGGGUUUGGGGGGUUUUAAGAAAGUCUGCAGUUUUACACAGCAGUCACUUGCACUGGAGAGAGACAGAUAGACUGAGAGAGGACAGGAAACCAAGUUUCUGACUUGUCCUUUGUGUUCUGUGUCUUUCAGUCAGACUCACUGUGGAUGAAGUUCUACAGAGACAAUGAGAAGUUUAUAUUUAAAAAAAACUUCCCUUUCUACCAGCCAACCCAAGGUCUACAAAAACUAAUGACAGAACUGUCUUCCUCUUUUGGAGUAUUUUUGAAGAAAGUGAGGAAGUGAUGAAUGUCCGUGAAAACACGACAAAGUCUUGUAAGACAUCUUGCCAAACUUGCAAUUUACAGGGACAAUGCUGUUUUGCCUGCCUUUUAAGUUUUUAGUUUUUUUGUUUGUUAAUUUCGUUGUCCUUUAUUUAGGUUCAUACAUCAUGGAAUACAGUAAAUGAAGAUUCAGUAAAAAGCAAAUGCCGCGCAAGCAAAGUAAUGUCGGAAAGGAGCUGUUCAUGAUUUUAUGCAGAACACUUUAAAUGUAGCAAACAUUUUGAGUGACUCUAUCAUUAUUGUCGAAUGCGUAGCACUCCUUUCAGCUCGUGCUGCACAGCUCCUUUAACUGUGUUCAGCAGGCAGUUGUUUUGGAACAGGAAUAUGUUUAAAAUGAAUGGGCUGGCAGUACAUAUUACUUUUGAGAUUUUCACUUGUUUCAGGCUAACUAAUUCCAUUUUUUAUAAUCCUAAACUACGGUAUUGUCAGCAACAAAACUGAGCCAGGGUCAGUGUAGUGGUUUACCAUCAUAGGAUUACAUCUAAAGCAAUGUGGGCUGUGCACAUGGUGCCUCCCAGUGUCGACAAGUGGAACUGAACUGGCAUUGGAAGCAAAUGAUUUGCAUGGUUUUGCAUAGGCCUAUGUGGAAAAUACAUUCAAAACGUAUUUAACUGUAGGACUACCCAAAAUAUCAGUUACAUUUCAGUUUUGUUGCUCUUUUUUGUAAUUUUUGUUUAGAUUUUUUUUUUAAAUUUCAAGUCAGUAAUGUUUGUUUGCAUUCUUAAUAUUUGGCACCCAUUUUAUCAGUUUGCCUUUAAGUUUAGCACUUUACAGGUUUGUUCUCUGCUGGCCCUCAUUGUAGUUUUUUAAGGGCUUGAGCCAAAACAUGAACACAUUGGAGGCUGUUGACUGAGAAACAGUUUGUCAUUGACUGUAAAGCAACCAGCACAAACAUCUCGCAAAAAACACUAUCCAUGCAAAUCCAUUACACAACAUGUCAAACACAGCAUCCACCUAGUGAAAUACUGAUUUUCAUUUCACUUGCAUAAAUUAGCAGACUGAUAAGGGCAGUGUAUUAGAAAUGCUGCAAAGAAGGAUGUUCACAUCACUGUAACUGUACAAAUCCAGGAGGUUACCAAGAGAUAGUUUCCUGUGCCAGAUUUUUUUUCAUCUUUUUCCUCUCAUUGAUCAAUAUUUCGCUCUUCACAGGGACAUAGUCAAUGACAAAACAAGUGCCAAGCAAGCAUGACACAACCCGUACUGUAAUUUCCAUUUUGCCACUGGCUACUUUCCAUCAGUGACUGAUAAAGUUGGUUGAUUGUAGCACGCCGUGUGCCAAUCUAACCCUAGUGUCUCUGUUCCUUUUUUUUUUCUAACUCCUGUUCAAACAGUAACUGAAACUGAUAUUGUCUUAAAACAGUGAUGUGUUAUUUGUGUGUGUGAAUGACUGGGUUGACUCUUUUUGAUGUAUUUGCUAAGAAAAAAAACCAAAGCACUUUGUAUGGUACUUUUACAGUUCUGCACUUCCAGUACAGUUGAACAUGUAUAAUGUGACUGUUUCACUGUUUUUCUGUUGGCAAUUGGCCUGGUAAUUGAGUUGAAUUGCACGGGCUGGACCACUACAGCUCUUAAAGGUUGGAUGUUGGAGGGACUGAAGUUGUUUUUUGUUCUUUUUAUAAUUGACUGUACAAAAAAAGGUGUUGAAAUGCAUGACAGUGGUUGCAGGAUUCAAAGAAUAUGAAGAGUAUAUAGAGUACUUACAAAACGUAGCCUGUGGAGAAACGUAUUUUAUUUUACUACCGUCAAACAGAGUAAAUCAUGUUUUAAUGUGUGAAUGAGCUGAAAGUUUUUUUGCCGCCUUAUUUUCAAACUUGGGAUUUUUUUUUCCUGGUCAUAGAUGUGUUCACUGACAUGCUGGAGUAAAAUGUGCAAUCCUUUCUGUAGCCAUAAACAGCAACAAACAGACCAUCACUCAAGGAUGCCUUCAACACUAAGGACUAUUUAACAACUGCUUAACCAGCACAACAUGCGAAGAUUCAGUCUGUCUCUCUGCGUGUCACUAAUUGUUUGAUUUUGUACAUUUUCCUCACAGAGCUUCAUGUACAGUUUAUUUAUUAUUUCUAUAUUAUCUGCCAGAAACAAUGGAGCAGUAGACUUUUUUUUAGUCUGAGGUUUAGUGCUUAUGUGUAGCUUGAUGUGUGAGAAAGUCAAACAGGACAGAUUUUCAACUAUUACUCAGCUUUUUUCCUUUUCAUUUCAUUUCUUUAUGUCUGCAAUUAACAUUAUACAUAGGCAAAAAUACUCUUUCAUGUUUUUCUUGGUAUAAAAAUAGUUGAGUGACAGAUUUCCGUCUGGGUUUUCUGAAACAUCUCUCCUUUCCUUGUCUUCCUCUGUGUCCACUGAUCUGGUCAGAUCUUACAGUAAGUGUGCUGAUCUGAGACUUCUUUGAUUCAUAGUGAAGAUAAUUUAGUCGUACGGCCUCAACAGUCAUCCUAGAUCAGUAUUUCUUUUCUUAGAGAUUUUAUGAACAUGUUUCAUGAACUGAGACUCUGCAGCUUUGACAAUCCAAACUCUGCUGUUUAACUGCGGGUGUGUUAGCCCUCCUCCAACUAGAACUGUAUGCCUUGCCAAUAAAGGAAAAACUCUUCACUCUU